GGCGCUGGAGUCGGAGCCGAAGCCGGAGCCGGAGUCCGAGCCGGAGUCCCAGCAGGGCAAGGGCCGGGCUGGGGCCAGGGCCAGAGUGUGGACCCCGCCCCUCCCCAUCGGGGGCUUCAGGAGGGGGGGGAAGAUCCAGAGGUCAGAGUCCAAGGCUCAACCCUGACAUCUCCUCCCCCACCGUGUUUGUUGCCAUCUCUACCUCCCCAGGACCCCACGGGGCCAAGACCUGCCUAGUCUCUCUCACCAUGCUCCCGGCCCUGGCCCUGUUCUGGGCCCUGGUGCUGGGGGCCGAGGGGGGUCCAGCCAACAGUCCCCCUCGCCUUCGACUCUCCUUCCAAGAGCUCAGGGCCCGGCAUGGCCUUCGCACCUUCUCCCUACCUCGUACCUGCUGCUAUGAGGCUCUUCUGCUGGAUGAGGAGCGUGGCAGGCUAUUUGUGGGUGCUCAGAAUUACGUGGCUUCCCUCAGCCUGGAUAACAUCAGCAAACAGGACAAGAAGCUGGCCUGGCCGGCGCCUGUGGAGUGGCGAGAAGAAUGCAAUUGGGCUGGCAAGGACAUCAGUGCUGAGUGCGUGAAUUUUGUGAAACUGCUUCACCCUUAUAACCGAACUCACUUGUACAUCUGUGGGACAGGGGCUUUCCACCCCGUCUGUGGCUUCCUGGAGGUUGGGUACCGGAUGGAGGAGCCAAUGCUGAAAUUGGAGCAGAACAGCCUAGAGGAUGGAAAAGGGAAGAGCCCCUAUGAUCCCAAGCACCGGGCAGCCUCCGUCCUUGUGGGGCACGAACUUUACUCUGGAGUAGCCACAGACCUCAUGGGCCGGGACUUCACCAUCUUCCGAAGCCUUGGCCGGCGCCCCAACCUCCGAACAGAGCAACAUGAUUCUCGAUGGCUCAAUGAGCCCAAAUUUGUGAAGGUCUUCUGGAUCCCGGAGAGUGAGAAUCCCGACGAUGACAAAAUCUACUUCUUCUUCCGGGAGGUGGCGGUGGAGGGGAACCCUGGCCUGGGCCGGGUGUCGGUGUCCCGCAUUGGCCAGAUCUGCAGAAAUGACCUAGGAGGACAGCGGAGCCUGGUGAACAAGUGGACGACAUUCCUGAAGGCCCGGCUGGUCUGCUCUGUGCCUGGGGUGGAUGGGACCAGUGACACGGCCUUCGAUGAGCUUCGUGAUGUGUUCCUGCUACCUACAAAGGAUCGAAGGAGCCCCCUUCUCUAUGCUGUUUUCUCCACCUCCAGCAGCGUGUUCCAGGGCUCAGCUGUCUGCGUAUACAGCAUGAAUGACGUUCGGCGUGCCUUCCUGGGUCCCUUUGCCCACAAGGAGGGACCCAACUAUCAGUGGGUGUCCUAUCAGGGCCGGGUGCCCUACCCCCGCCCAGGCAUGUGUCCCAGCAAGACCUUCGGCACCUUUGGCUCCACCAAGGAUUUCCCAGAUGAUGUGAUCCAGUUUGCCCGAAACCACCCCCUGAUGUACAACCCCAUCCUGCCCGUGGGCGGGCGCCCCAUCUUCCUCCGGACCAGCACCGACUACACCUUCACGCAGAUCGUCGCUGACCGUGUGGCCGCCACUGACGGCCACUACGACGUCCUGUUCAUUGGCACAGACGUUGGCACAGUCCUCAAGGUGAUCUCGGUACCCAAGGACAGCUGGCAGAGCACAGAGGGACUUCUGCUUGAGGAGCUACAGGUGUUUGAGAAUGCUGCUGCCAUCACCAACAUGCAGAUCUCCUCCAAAAGGCACCAGCUUUAUGUGGCCUCCCAGAGUUCUCUCUCCCAGCUGCCCCUGCACCGAUGUGCCGCCUACGGCCGUGCCUGCGCCGAGUGCUGCCUGGCCCGAGAUCCCUACUGUGUCUGGGACGGGGCUGCCUGUACCCGCUACCUGCCCAAUACCAAGAGGAGGUAUCGUCGCCAGGAUGUUCGGAAUGGGGACCCCAACAUACUAUGUUCUGGGGACCCUCCACGCCAAACACUGCUGGAGAAGAAGCUCUUCGGGGUGGAAGGCAGCAGCAUCUUCCUUGAAUGUCAGCCCAAGUCCCUGCAGGCCCAGGUGCUGUGGACCUACCAGAGGGCAAGUGAUAGCCCCCGAGCCCAGGUGCACUUGGAUGACCGAGUGAUCCAGACAGACCGGGGCCUGCUCCUCCUCAGCGUGGGCCCCCAGGACACUGGCUUCUACCACUGCCACGCUACAGAGCACGGCUUCACCCAGCCCCUCCGGCGGCUCAGCCUGCGCGUGGUGGGCGCCCACCAAGCCGAGCAGCUGACCAGGGCUGAGGAGGCCCAGGGAAUGGGGGCAGGGUCCCCUGCUAGCCACAAGCUCUGGUACCGAGACUUCCUGCAGUUGGUAGACCCGCCUGGAAGGGGUGGGGGCGGCCCUAUGUGCCCCCCAUCUUGGAGUAGCGCUAAGGAGCCCCAUUUGCCCUCAGCCCUGGGGCCUCGGCCAAAGGGACACAAGUGGAAACAUCUGGAGGAGAAGCGGAAAGGAAGGAACCGCCGGACCCAUCCCCCAGACCCUCCUCGGGCUGAUCGGGGACCACGAAGUGCGGCCCGAUGGUGACCCCGCCACCUUUUCCCCAGAAAUCAGUGGGGAUUGAGGGGCCAAGGGACCAAACUGGGUGUCCUGCUUCCUGCCUAACUGGUGUGCCUUUCAACCCCUUAAUGUGGAGAAGAGCUCCCAGGAGACAUAGACUGGCCUUUGGUGGGGCAGGGGGUCCCCUUUCAAUCUCCCUGCCCUGGGGGCCCAGAGCCGGGGAUACAACCACUGAUAUAUUUAUUAACAGACCGUAACCAAUGAAUGUAACCCCAAGAGGGGCCAGAGAUGGGACCGGGGGCCUGCUGGUGGUCUGGGGUCAUGUCUGUCCCCUUCCUUUGUGCCUCAUUUCCUGCUUGUUAGGUCUGGGUCCAGCAGACAGAGCUGGCAGUGCCUGGGGCUUGAGAAGGUUCACUGACCAACGACCCCAGUAUCCCAGACCAGACAAUCAGUCCCAAGUCAUUGGGGGAGGGGGAGUUUGAGAGCGUGGGGGAGAAGUGCAUCCCCCCGGCCUUGGGAAAGAGCAAAAACCACCAUCUCUUAUGCUUUAAGUAAAGCAUAUGGCAAGUUGAGAACUUUCCCCCUAAAGCUAGCGGUCCCCCAGAAAGAGAGAGGAGAGAGCAGGAGAUAUGGAGCAAUUAUGGGGCAGGAAUGGGAGGGGGGGUAGAGGAAAUGUAUGAAGUUAAUACAACAACCAGGUCAUUAGCCAAGGAGGGAGCACUGCCUUUCUGGGCCAGGGACCACAAAGAAUUGUGGGGAUCACACGUGUGUCUCUGUGUUUAUGUUUGUGUGUCUGUGUGUGGAUGUAUGUACAUGAGAAGGCAGCAGGCUACUGGGGAGAGAGCCUUGGUUGGCCAGGGUUCAAAUUCUGCCACAAAUUCACCGUGUGAUCCAGGGUUAAUCCCUUUCCCUUUCUGGGCCUCAAUUUCCUUUUGUAUAAAAUGGAAAUAAUUCCUGCCCUGCCUACCUCACAGGGCUGUUGUGAGGAUCAAGUGAACUAACAGAUGUGAAAGUGCUUUGGAAAGUAUAAAGAACUGUACAAAUGCAAUAUAUUAUUAUUAUUA